UCCCCUCGUACCAGAUGGCCGCUGAUAUAUAGCUUGAAGGCGCAGCUGAUGCAACACUGGACGAAGAUAACACAGGCAUCACACAGACAGCUGAAGGCUACAGAUCAGCCCAGAGAGAAGCAGCAUCUCAUUCUCAUAAAGCGAGCCAGGCAGGAGUUUAGUCUGUUCACAGCCCUGUAGAUUCACCGGUACCGGCAUGCCUGUCAUCAGAAGCCUCAGCAAGGUGGCCAAGCAGGCCCUGCUCAGCACCCCGGGGUGCAGCUGCCAGCCAUUGACAGUGGCUGUACGCAACAUCAGCUUCUCCCCACGUCAGGUGACGUCCGACGCCAGCUUCCACUCCGUGUCUUUCUCAGAAACGGACCACCCCAAGGUGCUCAUUACAGGUGGCCUGGGCCAGCUCGGGGUGGGGCUCGCCAAACUCCUGAGGAAGAGGUUCGGCAAGAACAAUGUCAUUCUGUCUGACAUUAGGAAACCUCCAAGCAAUGUUUUCCACAGUGGUCCCUUCAUCUACUCGGACAUCCUGGACUACAAGAACCUGCGGGAAAUUGUGGUAAACAACCGCAUCACUUGGCUGGUUCACUACAGCGCCCUCCUCAGCGCUGUUGGAGAGGCCAAUGUGGCCCUGGCGCGCUCGGUUAACAUCACUGGGCUUCACAACAUUUUGGACAUUGCAGCAGAGCACGGCUUGCGUCUGUUUGUCCCCAGCACUAUUGGUGCCUUUGGUCCCACUUCUCCCCGCAACCCUACUCCAGAUCUCUGUGUACAGAGACCUCGCACUAUCUAUGGUGUCUCCAAGGUCCACGCUGAGCUUAUGGGAGAGUACUAUCACCACCGCUACGGCCUGGACUUCCGCUGUCUCCGCUACCCAGGAAUCAUCUCUGCUGACUCCAUGCCUGGAGGCGGAACGACAGACUACGCCGUCCAGAUUUUCCACGAUGCAAUGAAAUCUGGCAAGUUUGAGUGCAACUUGAAACCCGACACGCGGCUGCCCAUGAUGUACAUCGACGACUGCCUGCGUGCCACACUGGAGGUGUUGGAGGCGCCAGCUGACACACUGAGCAUGAGGACCUACAACAUCAACGCAAUGAGCUUCACACCCGAGGAACUGGCCCAGGAACUCCAGAAGCAGGUGCCUGAGCUGGAGGUCACGUAUGACGUUGACAACGUACGACAGGCCAUUGCUGACAGUUGGCCAAUGGACUUUGAUGACUCCAAUGCACGGAGGGACUGGGGCUGGAAGCACGAUUACGAUCUCCCAGAGCUCGUCCAGACGAUGCUUAACUACUUGAGUGCAGAUUCCCGCAUGGCUCAUGCUAACUGAGGGCACACAACAUUGAUUGGUGUAUUCUUUUGUACAUAAUGUAAAGACUGACCAAAGAGAGUAGAGAAACAUGGCCUGUACAUAGUCGUUCUCUCACUUCUCUCUGUAAAAUCAGAAGGGCUCUGCUUGCCUGGCACAAGGCCAUCGUGUCUCUAGAAUGUAAACAGUGCGGGCCAGACAAUCCUCAGCACUCCUGUCCAUCUACCCCUGCUUUGAUCUCUUGUGCACCUUUUCUCCUUUUGAGAUUUGGUGAAGAGCAGUCUAUCAGUGGAAGGUUGUCAGCAAGUAUCAGGGAUAACAAUGUGGCCUGUGGAAAGUUGUUUGGAUGAAAAAUGGGAUGGCUUGCAUGUUGAUGAAUUGUGCGAAUCUUUGCAAUCAGUUUAACAAACCGAGAAUGUUGCAUUGCGUAUUUGUAAGCUUUUCCACCUCUCUUUCUGGAAAUGUGAGUCAGUCAGGGUUUUGUUUUCUGCUAAAUUUCCAGGGAUUGUCAAAAUUCAGGUAUUCAGGGCCUACAGCUCCUGCAGCUGAAAUCACGUGGGUGUACAAAUACACAAGUUGUGUCCUCUGAUGCACUUUAGAUUUGUGUCUUAAAAUUAUUGACAGGUAAAUAAGCCUAAUCUCCUGCGGGGCAAUUUCUGAUACAGUGCAUCUGUAUUUCGAGCAGUGCGAGAGCAAGAAUCUUUCUUCUGUUUAUUCCACAUAACAUUAUUUAUUGUCUGUUGGUGUUAAGCAUGUGGGCACUUCAUAAAGUAAAAGCUUUUCUUAACAUUCUUCAUAUGUUCCUGUCCACUUAUGUUAUGAUGUUUGUUUUUUUGCAUCAACUCUGGAGAAUUAUUUUGACACAGAAGAGAAAUGUGACACCAGAUGCCACAUUUGAUGGUUUCUGUUUCAACAUUUUGUAAAAGGUUAAAGUCUUAGCAGGUUCUUUCUGUUCUUUCAAUCACAUUUGACAAUAAAACCUUUUUCCACAUA